GGUAAGUGCACCUACUCGCCGUCCUGGUGGAAUCACACACAGUGACAGCCAGUGGCUAGGAUUGAAUCUGAAGCGACAUUGAUUGAUUGAUGAUUGAGGAGGGAGGUUCAAGAUCAGGCUCAUUCAUUCAUUUCUCACAUUUAGUUUAAUUUAGUUUGUUUCGAGGAUUCAAAGAGGAAAGGGAAAAGAUGAGUGCAGCAGCAGUAGGUUUGGGGAAAAUGGUGGAUAACAAGCAGAUUAUAUUCAAAGGAUACAUAGAGCAGCGAGCACCUGAGGAGACAGACAUGGAAGUGAAGGUGGGAAACAAGAUGAAGCUGGAAGCUCCAAAAGGCUCUGGCGCCAUCCUCGUCAAGAAUCUCUACCUCUCUUGCGAUCCCUACAUGCGUGCCCGAAUGCGCGACUUCCAUGGCUCCUACUUUCCGCCUUUUGUUCCUCAUUCCGUUGUUGAGGGAUUCGGUGUGUCCAAAAUAAUCGAUUCAGAUAAUCCCAACUUCAAAGGGGGAGAGUUUGUUGCUGGAUUUACUGGGUGGGAAGAGUAUACUUUGAUUUACAAGACUGAGCAGUUGAGAAAAGUUGAGCCUGAUCAUCGUAUUCCACUGUCGUAUCAUAUCGGCCUCCUCGGGAUGCCCGGCUUCACAGCUUAUGCUGGAUUCUAUGAGGUUUGUAGCCCUAAGAAAAACGAAUAUGUGUUCGUAUCUGCUGCCUCUGGAGCUGUCGGGCAACUUGUUGGCCAGCUUGCAAAACUACAUGGAUGUUAUGUUGUUGGAAGUGCCGGGUCCAGCGCAAAAGUUUUUGGGCAAUCACCAAUCGGGGGCCUUCAAGUAGAAAGAAAGUGAAAUUACAGUACAAUGAGUGGUGUUUUUGGGCAAUGGCAACCUUCAAUUGCCUCAGACGACUUUAAUUAAUGUUGUCAGUAUGAUUCAAUUUCGAUAUUUUGUGUCCAACCUUCAAUUACAAGGUGAUGUUUCUUUUGUUUUUUUUGGAUUACAAGGUGAUGUUAAGAACAAAUGGAUCAU